AAGAGAGACAGGAAGAAGAGAGAAGAAGGUAGAGAGACACCAACACAGACAGACAGAGGCAUGAGGACAGAGGAUUAAACUGUCACUCUGCUGAUCUGUGACCAGCUGUCUGUCUGUCUGUCUGUCUGUCUCUCUGUCUGUCUGUCUGUCUGUCUCUCUGUCUGUCUGUCUCUCUGUCUGUCUGUCCACCUGCAGACAUGUCGUCCCGGGCUGAGAGUAAGACAGCCUCUCAGUUUGCGUCUCUCACCAUGAGGCUGAAGGAUAAGCUCCACUCGCAGCGGAUUAGACGCACCGAGCGAAUCAAACACACCCCAUCACAGAGAACUAAACCACCUGACCUGAACCUGCAGGAACACACAUUGCAGCACAAGUCAGGGUGUAUGUUGGCGGACCAGCAGCGGGCCGUCGUCAGCUCUCUGCAAUACUUCAAAGCUCUGGUGGACAGACUGGGAGUAGACAGACCCGGAGUGAACAAACUGGUCCUGGACCAGUCUGUGGUAGGGGGUCUGCUCGGCGGGGCCUCCAGUGGGGUCUUGGAGGCGGUCCAUACUCUGGUCCAGCUGGAGCCACACCUGCACAACAGGAAAACCAUCUCUGCCUGUCUCACUCGUCUCUACCUGUCUUUGGCUCAGCUGAUUCACUGGGCCGAUCAGGUGAUGCUGCAGGGCGUCGCCCACGACAACAAAGAGUCCACAGCCAGCGUUACCACGGUGAUCAGGGCCGUGCUGGACGGGGUCAAGGAUCUGGUUCGAUUGGCUGCAGAGAGACAAGAAGGCUCCGCCCCGUUGUCUCCUGUCCAACCACAGCCUGCCGUGGGACAAACAGGAGGGUUUGAUGACCGGGAGACAUCAGACAGGAUGCCGGCCUGCAGGAGUCCUGCGGAUCCUGCGGAGGAGAAUGGGGAGGAGAGGGUGGCUUCAGCUCCUCCAAAACCGCUUAUGCCUCUCCUAGACCCCCUCCUCCAGUUGCUCCCCCCACAGGGACUCAGUCCUCCAGCGCUGCCUCCUAAAAAGCGUCAAUCAUUGUCAGGCCCCACCCCCUGCAGGGUGGCCAUAGUUGCACCAAUGAGACGAGGGUCUGAAGCUAGCGCCCAGGUACGACGGGAGUGUGAGGACGACGACUGUUUGAAGCGAUGCUCUUCAUCUUCUGCAGACUCUGUUCCUGACAACACACACUGUGAGGAGGAUCCAGACUACGACUUCCUCCAUACAGACCUCUCCUUCUCUGAGAGCCUCCCUCCUCUUCCUCCCUCCUCCUCACUGCCCCCUGCCCUGCCAGAGAAGAGACGACGUAGUGCCGCAGGUACGACCAACUCUCAGGCCGCAACUUCUUUUGGAUUUGACUCCACGCCGCAGACACAGGAUCCCGCCCACGGUGACGAUGUCACUGAUCUUGAUGUGCCUCUGUCCUCCCCCCUGUCUCCCAGCAAGACUCCCCCUCCCCUCCCUGAGAAGAAACGACACAUCCAUCAGUACCUCCAGUUCUGUUCGUCCUACGACGCUCAGUCUGCAGCCAUGUUCUACUUGAGACCUCCAACCUUCAGUCAGAGUUACAGCAGCAGACAGCGAGAGGUGGAGACCACCAACCAGUUCACACACACACACCUGGACACAAACACACCGCCUGACAUAGAAUCCACCCCCUCACCUGAGCAGCCUCCUGCUCCGGCUCUACCACCGAAGAAGAAACAACAGGAUUCAGCCGAAGACGUCAAACAAAACGAAGUGAACCAGAGCAGAGACAGUUUUCAGAGUUUCCAGGAGGAGGAGGAGCAUGACAGGAGGAGCAGGGAGGAGGAGGAGGAGGAGGAGGAGGAGGUUUUACUGACCAACCAGCAGGAGAUCCUCCACAGAAUCACCAUGAAGCCUGAGGAGGAGGAGGGGCCAGACGUGAAGGCAGCCUCUCCUGAGAUUCUAUUGGUCUACGCCACAGAGACUGACAGCAGCACUGAACAGGUCCUGUAUUGUGAAGCCUUCCUCGCCACCUACAGGACCUUCAUCAGCCCAAAUGACAUCCUCAGCAAACUACAGUAUAGGUACAGACACCUGUGUGAAGGACGUGAACCUCCAGACCUGAAAGCUGCCAAAAAGACUUUUCAACUGCUGGUCAGAGUGGUGGACGAACUGAGUGUGAUGGAGAUGGACUCUGAUUUGCUGCUGCUGCUGAUAGACCUGGUGUUCAGCCUCCUGAUUGGUGGAGAGCUGGGACUGGCUCACACACUGCGCUCCAACAUCCUGUCCAAAAUGGAGCAGAAGUGGCAGCUGAUGGGUUCUCCACUGUCACUCCGCCCCCUUGCAGCCAGGGGCGUGGCAGCCAGACCAGGAACUCUUCUGGACUUCAGGAGUCAGGAUUUAGCUGAACAGCUGACUCUGCUGGAUUCUGAACUCUUCUACAAGAUCGAGCUUCCAGAGGUGUUGCUGUGGUCUAAAGAGCAGAAUGAGGAGAAGAGUCCAAACCUGACAGAGUUCACUCAACACUUCAACAACGUGUCCUUCUGGGUUCGUUCGGUCAUCAUCCUUCAGGACAAACCUCAGGACAGAGAGAAACUACUGCUGAAGUUCCUGAAAGUCAUGAAGCACCUGAGGAAGCUGAACAACUUUAACUCGUACCUGUCCAUCCUGUCAGCGCUGGACUCCGCCCCCCUACGACGCCUGGACUGGCAGAGAAACAAAGCUGAGGCUCUGGAGGAGUACAGCUCUUUGAUUGACAGCUCGUCAUCAUUCAGAGCGUACAGAGCAGCGCUGGCUGAAGUGGACCCUCCCUGCAUACCCUACCUGGGUUUGAUCCUUCAGGACUUGACCUUUGUCCACCUGGGGAAUCCAGACACCUUGAUGACAGCACAGGGUUCAAAGGUCAACUUCUCUAAACGCUGGCAGCAGUUUAACAUCCUUUACACUCUGAGGAGCUACCAGCAAGUUCCCUACUCUCUGCAGCCCAACGAUGACAUCAUUUUGUUCUUUAAUGACUUCAGCGAUCACCUGGCAGAGGAGGCAUUGUGGGAGCUCUCUCUCAGGCUCCGGCCCAAGAACACCCCACGAACCAAUCAGAGAUGACAAAUUAAAAUAGACUAAACCAGGACAAAAACUGGGUUAAUCUAUGCUAACGGUGAUCAUCACAAGGCUAAUCUGGGUUAGCUGGAUGCUAACAUGUUGGUAUUAGAGAAUGAGGUGGACAGACCAGGUGCUAACCUUAACUAAACUUGUAUCAAACUUGGUUAGUGUGGUGCUAGUCUGGGGCUAACAUAUCACAGGUAUAAAGACUUGUUCAAAGCUGUUCAUAUACUGGGCUAGCCAUGCUCAUCUGGACUGGUCCUGCAGUAACUUUCAAGAACCUGGACCCUCAGCCACCUGAGCAAGUUUAUAUAAACAGAGGUUAGCCUGGAAAUAGCCUGGGGCUAGCCAGGGAUAUCCAGGUGUUAACAUGGAUUAAACCUGCAGUCUAGAAGGGCGUGGCCUCCUCCAGUUUCUGACCUCAGAACUGUGCUUGUAUUCACAGCAAUAUUCUAAUUAAAAUCACUGUUCACCUGUCAACUCACCUCGGCUGAUCUAAUUGGCUGAGGUAGAAAACUUAAUCAGUAAUAAAUCUGGGAACACCUCAGAAGUGUCUUUAUAUAUAUGUGUGUGUGUGUGUGUGUGUGU